UACCAGCGCACAUACAAGGCCUGCGUUCCAUGUCGACGACGCAAAGUGAAGUGUCAACCGGGCGACCAAGCGCAUCAGCCAUGCUGCCGUUGCGCGAAAUUCGAGUUGGAAUGUCGCUUUGAUGAUAGGACACCAUGGGCUAGAGAGGGUGGAGGGCUCAAUCGAAUGGUCUCGAGUAGUAACGAUGCACUGGGAAUUCUCUUCCGGGCCGCUGCUGGAGAAGCUGGGUCGGCAACAAUAGGUCAUGGAGACACUAGGCAUCCCGCUACUCAGGGGAUUCAUAUGGCUUUUAGCCGCCCGCACUGUUUGCCACACGCGGAUGUCUUGCGAGUCUGGGAUGCUUGUCGAUUCGUUAAAAUGGGCUGGUUUAGCGCCUUCGAAGCAUUCACGCUGGUGGACUUGUGCGUA